CGGAUGUCUGCAUUAUUGAGGAGCCUCGUGUGUGCGCGCGCGUGUCAGUUGGGUGUCGGCGUAUCCUAGCAACAAGCGAAAAGUCGAGCGGAAAAGAUGGCGUCGCAGAGGGAGCAGGACGCCGCUGACUACGUGCAGAAACACAAACUGCUCGAGCUCAUGGAGAACCUGAACAGCAUGCUGCUCUUCCACAGACCCGAGAAUCCCAGAGAGUUUCUUGUGGAGCAGCUGGAGUUAUCUCAGCAAAGUGGUAAAACGGGGCCCAGUCUGUUUAACAAUGACGACCUGGAUACAGUCUUUGGGUUACUGGACCCCAUUAAGCAAAAAUACAUCAACUUUGCCCAAUACAAGCAUGCUCUGACCACACUGGGCAUACAAACCAUUAAUGAAUGCCCAGAUGGUGUGAAUGAAGACAGAAUAACCCAUGAGACCUUCAUUGCAGAAGCGAUUGCAGGCAUGCAGAGAUGCUCAGCAACAUGUGAACAACUGUGAACUUUGGUUUAAUGUUGAUUUGAGCCAAUGUACUAUUUACUCAUGGCGCUGAGAUGUGUUUGGAUGAUGCUUUUGAGGAUUCGUGUGGCGCUUGUAUAUUGAACUCACUUUCUAUUAAACUGCCUCUGUGUUUUUCUGUCAGUCA